CCGGGCUUGGCCUCCACGAUCUCCAAGAUUUUUCCCAAUUGGCGGCGCCGCAUACACUCUUUUCCGCUUCUUCUUCUUCUUUCGACUUCUUCGGGCGGCGCAUAUAUUCGCUCUGACUGCUCUCAAUUACCGCACAAUUACCGCUAAUUCUUUUCGCCUACUACGACUCUUUUUGUAAUACGUGUUCCUGUUACGAUACCCCCUUUGCUUGCUACUGCUGCUGCAAUUCUUCGACGCGAUACAUCUCUUCUCUUCCAAUUCGACGAUAUAACUCUCUAAUCGAUUAAAUAUGAGCUUCCUUACCGGUCUCGUCGGCAUCCUUGCGCCGCUCUUCAUGAUUCUGUCGCCCGUGCUGUCGUACGGCGACCAGGCCAUGUCGAUGCAUCGCGCCAGAUCGAGCGCCGGCUUCUCGCUCGACAUUCCGCUGAUUAUGCUUGUCGCUUCAUUCUUCAGAAUAUUCUACUGGCCCGGUGCCCGCUUCGACAAUGCGCUCCUCCUCCAGUCCGUCAUCAUGGUGGGCAUGCAGGUUCUUCUGCUCAAGAUUGGCCUUGAUAAUAGACCGGCCCCAGCGGCGCGCGGUGGUGAUGGAAGCCAGCCGUUUAGCGGUGUCUCUGGCCGUCGUGGCGGUCUGCUUGAUUCGCUGUCCGACUUUGAACGCCCUUAUAACUUUUGGCAGUGGCGCUCGCCCAAGCCAUACUGGCAGUUUCUCGGAUACCUCCUUCUCGGCCUUUGCAUCAUGCAGCUUAUCAUGGCCCCCAUGCACGACCUCUACGAUCUCUACUCUAACAUGCUCGGCGUUGUCGGCUUGACGGUCGAAGCAACACUCCCGCUGCCCCAGAUGCUCGCCAAUGUCCAGACGCGCUCGUGCAAGGGUUUCCGUGUAUCCGUCCUGGCUAGCUGGCUGAUUGGUGACGCCAUGAAGAUGUGCUGGUUCUUCACUUCGACGACAGAAAUCCCCUUGGCCUUCAAGGUCUGCGGUAUCUUCCAGGCCGCAUGCGACUGCUUCCUUGGAUUCCAGUACUUCAUGUACGAGACACCGUACUAUGCCCGCAUGAUGCGCGAGCUUGGCCAGCCUGAGACGCUUGCUAUGGAGGACCGCGGUUCAUGGACUUACGCGGCUGCGCGCCAGGAGGACGAGGACGACAAGUUUCUCAAUGGAAACAAGUAGAUGAUUAUGACAAGCCAAAAAAAGUUUACUACAUAUGCAUAAUACAAUGGGAGUUGUCUUUACAAAAUGUAUUGUUCAAGUAUAAUGGUAUCAAAGCACGGUUCAAAAGAAAUCUAGUCCAGAAGCAACGCCCACAGCCCCUCGCUGUCUACAAACUCGUGGUGAAUCACAUUUACAAGCCAGUAAUCGUUGCGGAUGCCCGAGAGCAGCUUCUCGCUAGGGCUUCCCUUGCCGUAGACACGCGCCCACUCGCCCCAAAUGCCAAAGGCCUCUUCGCUCCACGCCUUGAAACUGACCUCUUCGAUAAUGGUCGGCGUGACAAUUUCCUUGCCAGGGAAGACGCCCCACGUUACAGCAUUGGUGCUGGCGCCUUCUGUGCGGGCACCGCCGGUAAUAUCGGAUGUGACGAAGUCGCCCGCAGCGUUGGCAGCGUAGAAGCAGACGUGUUCGUGGACAUCUGCGCUCAGUAGCUUGGCCUUGAGGGUCUCCCAGUCGGCAGCGGGCAGGAAGAACUCGACAAAGGCCUUUUGGAAGACGAAGCCGUUGGGCGGGCCCCAGCCAAAUGUUGAGUCGCGCGAUGAGGCACUGUUAAUGGCGGGCUGGGACGCCACGGACCACCAGCCCUUCGAGUUGAGGUCCUUGAGGUGCGCUGUAAUGGCGGAUGACUCGGGCAUCAGUUCUUCCUCGCUCCAUGGGAUGGCGUUGAGCUUGCCAGUAACGUGGUUGACAAACAUGUCGUUAAUGUCUGACACAGCGGCAGGAUGGCCCCAGAGAGAGACGGCCUGCGUGACAGACAUGUGCAGGCUUACACCGUAGCCGUCAAUCUCACCGUACGCGGGAGAUCUCGAGUCACCGAAACGACCGUUGGGGAAGUCGUCCCACGUGGCUUCGCGGCCGAGAGCACCCUCUCCUUCGGAAAUGGCGAGAGUGUUGGCGCGCGAGUUGAUGUCUUGUGCGCGGACACCGGCUUCUUGACCGCUGGCUUCCCAUUCGGGGCGGGAUACGGCGCGGCCGCUGACAAUCACGCGGUUAUGGGGGUCUGAGCCGACAGACGACUGGCGACGAGAAGAGCUGCGGUGGCUGCGGUUGCGCAGGGGGAUACCGCCGUUGAUCUGGAGGAGGGGAGUCGGGAUGGGCCCGUCGGCAAUGGCCACUUCAUCGUCAGAGGUGUCUGGGAUGAGGUGUGUUCGCUCGAGGAUGAAGGUGACGGACUUUUCGAGGUUAAGCGUGUAGAAGUGAAAGCCCUUGGGGCCGGGUGUGCGCUGCUUAGUGUCGCGGAUCUUCUCGACCAUUUCGGAGAGGAUUUCGACACCAACUUGCUUAACGGCCUCGUCGUCGCCGCGGACUUGGUUGAGACGGUCCAUGAUGGCUGCGGGCAUGCUUGCAUGAGACAGCUUGGCAGUGCGCUUGAUCAUGGCGUACGACUGGAUGGGCAUGAGACCUGGCAGAAUCGGAAUCGUCUUGAACGCGCCAGAGGGGUGGUCGCGGAGUGUCUGCUCAAACUUGUCAUAGGCAUCUGUGUCAAAGAAGAGCUGUGUCAUGAUAAAGUCGGCACCGGCUUGGACCUUGUCGACAAGAUAUGGUAGAUCGUGCUCGAGGCUCUGGCCAAUGGGAUGGCUGCCGUCCGCAUGGCCCUCGGGGUACGCUGCCACACCAAUACAGAAAUGGUCGCCGUACUUGCGGCGGAUGUAUUUGACGAGAUCGACAGCCCAGACAAAGGUGUCUGUGUUGGCCUCUUGCGCGGGCGCAUCUUGGUCUCGGUACUCGUCGUCGCGGGGCGGGUCGCCUCGGAGGGCAAGGAUGUUGCGGAUGCCGAGGGCCUUUGCGUCUUCGAGGGCCUUGUCGAUGAGCGUCUGGCUCAUGUUGGUGCAUGUCAGGUGCAGACAGGUCGUCAUACCGAGCUGGCGCUGGCAGAGCUCGGCAAGCUCCAGCGACUUAUCGGCCGUAGAGCCACCGGCACCCCAAGUUACGUUGACAAAGAGAGGGCGAAGAGCCUGCUCCAUACGCUGCAGACGGUCUCGCAAGUUGGCGAAGCCCAUUGCCGUCUUGGGCGGGAAGAAUUCGAGAGAAAAGUACUCUCCAUCAGCUGGCAGAGCCGCGAUCUUGUCGGUAAUCUUUUCCAUUGUGGCAGAUGUCUGUGAUUCGAGUUUAUGAAUGAGGGAGAGAAGCGAUGAACGGUCGCUGCUUCUAUCGAGAAGCUUGAUACGCUACGAUAAUCGCCAAUACUGGCUGAGCGUUGUUGGGGGAAGCGAUGCGGGGUUGAUGGGUGUUGGAUUUUUGGUGAUGUUAGCUGAAAGCGGCACUGUAACCGUGUCGACGAGUCAGUGAGCGGCGCCACGUAGCUAUUCACACAAAUAUAGGCGUUGCAGUAUCUGAAUAAAUGAACAAUUAAUCGAUGAGAAAGAGAAAAACAAGGAAAGAAAAAAAAUAGCUUCAGCGGCUUGACGCGGGACACUGGCAGCUUUCGGCGGGCCGGU